ACAUGUAUAUAAACCCUCGCGAAAUUGCACGGUUGAACUGUUCGAACCAGACUCAAAGCCAGUCACUCGACACCAUUUCGAACGAAAACCUUUGCCACAAGUCAACCGACUUUUUCCUUUCCUUAUCCAAAACAACCACCAAACAACCACGAUAAUGUCUUCUCCUCACCGCGGCGGCAGACUCGAGGACAUGGCCCCGACGGGCACCUCGAUCCCCAACGACGCCGGCCUCCAGAACACCAUCCCGUCCGUGCCGCGCCCGGACCAGCGGGCCGAGCACGGCGGCUUCGACAACUACGGCGUCGCCCAGCCCUCCUCCGCCUUCGCCGCGGACAACGCCACCGACAUGCCGCGCAGCGCUCGCGACAUGGGCGCCACCGGCGAGGUCCUGACCGGCACCGGCAACUCCUUCCCCGCCGAGGGCGAGUCCAAGCGCACCUUCAUCGGCAACCAGCACCCGGGCGCCAAGGGCCACGGCCGCGACCUGAAGCACCGGAACAUGAAUCGCGGGGCCUUUGACCGCUUCGCGGCGGAGGAGGAUGACGCGGCUGGGGAGCAUCAGAUUCGGAAUGAGUAGAUGUGGUGUUCACUUUGUGUGAUGAUGAUUUUUCUUGGGUAUGGGAUGAUCGAGUCGCGGCUGGUAUGCGACUUGCAUGAUGGCUAACGAUAUUUGUGCUGGAUGAAAUCAAUGUAUUAUAGAUCUUUUUGGAGGUUGACCGACCUGGGUUUUGAACGGGUCUUGC